AUGUCUCCUCCGCCGGAAAAAAGAUACGAUGAAAAUAAGGAGGCCCAGAAGAAGAUCAGAAAGCCUGGAGGGUGGAGCUCCAUGCCAUUCAUCUUGGGAAAUGAGACUUUUGAAAGACUAGCGUCUAUAGGGUUGGUAGCGAAUUUCAUGGUAUUUCUACUAACGGUGUUUCACAUGGACCAAGUGCUGGCCUCAAAUGUGCUCAAUGUCUGGUCUGCCUUCUCCAAUUUCAGUCCCUUGAUUGGUGCUUUCAUUUCGGAUUCUUUCCUCGGCAGAUUCAAAACUAUUGCCUAUGCUACCUUUGCCUCCUUUGCGGGCAUGCUGACGUUGACCCUGAUCGCGUGGAUGCCCCGACUGCACCCUCCCCCGUGCAAGCCCCGUUCCCAGCAAUGCUUGGGCCCAAACGGGGCUCAAUUCGGGGUCCUUGUCAUGGCCCUAGGCUUCCUGUCCAUCGGCACAGGCGGCAUUAGGCCGUGCAGCAUCCCUUUCGGGGUGGACCAAUUCGACGCGUCCACGGAGGAAGGACGGCGGGGUAUCACCAGCUUCUUCAACUGGUACUACACCUCCUUCACCGUCGUCCUCAUAAUUGCCCUCACGCUCGUCGUCUACAUUCAGGACACGGUCAGUUGGGUGUGGGGGUUCGGCAUCCCCACGGCCCUCAUGCUCUGCUCCAUAGUGCUCUUCUUCGUGGGGACCAGGCUGUACGUCUAUGUCCAGCCCCAGGGGAGCUGCUUCACGGGGGUCGCACGAGUUGUCGUAUCCUCGAUCAAGAAACGCAAGCUUAAGCUUCCGGAGGAUGAUGGCUGCGGGGCGUAUCACGACCCGUUGUUGCCUUCCACCGCCAUUGUGAGGAAGCUCCCGUUGACAAGUCAAUUCAGGUUCUUUAACAAAGCUGCGGUAAUAACGGACGGUGAGAUUUCACCAGACGGGUCGAUCACCGACCCCUGGAGACUCUGCACCGUGCAACAAGUCGAGGAAACCAAGUGCCUCGUCCGCGUCAUCCCAAUAUGGGCCUCGGGCAUCGUCUGCUUCAUGGCCAUGGCCCAACAGGGCACAUUCACCAUCUCCCAAGCCCGACAGAUGGACCGCCACCUCGGCCCCAACUUCCAAAUCCCCGCUGGCAGCCUCUCCGUCGUAUCGUUCCUCACGAUCGGGAUAUGGCUCCCGUUCUACGACCGCGUGCUCGUCCCUUACUUCAGAAAAGCCACCAAAAUCGAGGGCGGGAUCACGCAGCUCCAGCGCAUGGGGGUCGGGAUGGUGUUCUCGAUCGCGUCCAUGGUGGUGGCGGGGCUGGUCGAGCGGGUCCGCAGGGCGUCAGCCACGAUGCACGCGGGGCCCGACGGGGUGGCGCCCAUCACGGUCCUCUGGCUGGCCCCGCAGCUGAUGCUGAUGGGUUUCGCAGAGGCGUUCAACAUCAUAGGGCAGAUCGAGUUUUACAACAAGGAGUUUCCGGAGAACAUGAGUAGCCUGGCGAACUCGCUUUUCUCGUGCACCAUGGCCGGGGCGAACUACCUGAGCGCAAUCCUCGUGAACGUUGUGCACAAGACGACGGGGGGACACGGCCGGCCCGACUGGCUGACCAAUGAUAUUAACAAGGGAAGGGUCGAGAAUCUGUACUUUCUGAUUGCGGGGAUGGGUGUGUUGAACUUGGUCUACUUUCUGUGGGUGUCACGUGGGUAUCGGUACAAGACUGUGUUUCGGGUGGACGACGAUGAGGGUGAUGAGAAGUUCCAUGAUGUUGAGCUAAGUGCGGUUAAAAAGUGA